GUAUGAAAACUUCAGUUUCUCCUGUAAAUUGUAAACAUGAAGACUUUCAUCGUUUUGGUUGUUCUGGCUUUGGCCGCCCCCGCUUUCGGUCGCACCAUGGAUCGUUGCUCCUUGGCUCGCGAGAUGUCCGACUUGGGUGUUCCUCGUGACCAGUUGGCUCGCUGGACCUGCAUUGCUGACCACAAGAGCAACUACCGCACUGGCGCAGUUGGCCCUGAGAACUUCGAUGGCUCCCACGACUAUGGAAUCUUCCAGAUCAACAGCUUUUACUGGUGCCAGCCUGCCAACGGUCGCUUCUCCCACAAUGAGUGCUCCCUCAGCUGCAACGCUCUGUUGACCGAUGACAUCACCAACUCUGUCCGUUGCUCUCAGAAGAUCCUUGGCAUACAAGGCUGGUCUGCCUGGGUAGGCUGCGAAGGCUCUUUGCCCUCCAUUGACGGCUGCUUCUAAACUGUUGCUCACUUCUCACAAUAAAUGAGAAUUCUUAAUGUAGAGUCUUUCAACUCUUGGGUUUCGUUCUUCUCGAACUUCUCAUAAUUGGCUGUUGCUUCAUACUUGCUUUCUAAAGAUUCGAAGAGAAAGAUAAAUGGAGAGAGAGAGACUAAUAACAAAU